AUGGCGGAGAGAAGGUGCAGACCAAACAGGCAAACUCUGUCCUGUGGCACCUGGCACUCCUCUGCAGAAAUAAGAAAGCAAUUUACUCUCCAACCAGGCUUUGCGCAGUUUUGUCAACGAAGCUUAAGUACCCCUGGCUUUUCUACUCUUCAUCUGCCUUCCUUUUAUGACGUAGUCGACCCAGUAGAUUUUGAAGGCUUCCUAAUGACGCGACUGAACAACUUGGACCCAGAACUAGCACAAGAGCUUGGUGAUUUUCCCGAAGAUGACUUGGACAUUGUCUUUACACCCAAAGAGUGUAGGACUUUGCAACCAUCUAUGCCAGAAGAUGGGGUUGAACUGGACUCACAUGUCAGAGACUGUGUUCAAACCUAUAUCCGGGAGUGGCUGAUUGUGAAUCGAAAGAGCCAAGGGAAUGCAGAUACUUGUAGCCUGAAAAACAAGGGGUCCCGAAAAGAUUUUCACAAGACGCUUCAAAAACAAACAUUUGAAUCGGAAACUCUGGACUCGGGCGAUGCAAACUUUCAGGCAGGGCCCCGACACAUCCACGCACCCCCUGAGGAGGCCUCGAGGACGACCCUCGCCUCCUCUGACUUCGACCUGCGCAGCCUGCAGCCGGACCCCCGCCUGGAAAACCUGCUGCGGCAUGUCAGCGCGGAGGAGUUCGAGAGGCAGAACGAGGAGGCGCGGCGCACCAACAGGCAUGCUGAGCUCCUCGCCCUCUACCCCUCCGUGGAUGAGGAAGAUGCAGUGGAGAUACGGCCGGUGCCGGACCGCCCAAAGGAGCAUCUGGGCAACAGGAUGUUGGUGAAGCUGCAGACUCUAAAGUUUGAUAUAGAGAUCGAACCUUUGUUUGCAUGCGUAGCUCUCUAUGAUGUAAAAGAAAGAAAAAAGAUCUCAGAAAAUUUUCAUUGUGACCUCAACCCCGAUUCAUUAAGAGGAUUCUUGCGUUCUCAUACACCCUCUGUUGACUUGUCUACUCAGGCAAGAUCAGCAGUAUUUUCUGUCACUUAUCCCUCAUCAGAUAUAUACCUAGUAAUAAAGAUAGAAAAAGUGCUUCAGCAAGGAGAAAUCGGAGACUGCGCAGAACCCUACAUGGUUCUUAAAGAAAGUGAGUCUGGCAAGACGAAAGAAAAGAUUGAAAAACUGAAAGCCCAAGCUGAAUCCUUUUGUCAGCGGUUGGGGAAAUACAGAAUGCCAUUCGCCUGGAUUCCCAUAAGCCUAACUAAUUUCUUCAACCUUUCAACACUUGAACGAGAAAUACCUGAGGCCGAAGGUUUAAACG